AUGCGGUCGAUUAUUCGACGCUGGCUCAUAAGCACCCUACUUCUUGUGGCUUGGGUUGAUGCAGUCCUACGGAAGAUCAGGAACACCGUCACCGAACACGAGUACUUUCUCAUCACUCUCGGUCAUCAGCUCACCCCUCCAGAACAGGCGAUAUCAAAGAUUAUUCCGUUCAAAGUGUACACCAGUGACCCCAAGUCCAACCCAUUCGGAAAGUAUUGCGCGGUUGCAAAUACUUCAGCGCGAGCCAUCUACGUUACAACUGGUUUUGCUCCCCAAAAGGAUGAUAUGCAAAUACCCCCCGGAAACCAGCAUGUUUUCCGAUGUUUCCUCAAGAAACCCCAAGGCCAAACCUUCCGACCAGACUUUGAGGAUGAUUAUUACAUUAUAGUAACCAGCCAUCCAGAAGCCAAGGUAGACAACCAAAUAUGGAAACAUAUUAUGAGAGAUAUUAUUUUGAUUGACGAGCGUCCACCAAACGCUUUUCGCCUGUUCGAGGUGGUACCACUACCAUUCCCCAAGAAAGAAGAAAGUGAAUCUGGAUCCCCGACGAUAGAAUUGACGGUUCACGGUCCCCUCGAUUCCAAGAAGAUUCAAAAAUGA